CAAACAUCUUGAUGAAACACUCAUAUGCAUCUCAUGGACACUCAUUACUUCCAAGCCUUCAUUUCGCACUACUCAGCUCUCUCUUCAGAUCAUGUGAUUUUGCACAUGGUACUCACCACGAUAUGAUACAGAUAACCAGGGAAGGAACGCGCGUCUAAAUACAGUCACUCGGUCUCGCAGUCUCUCCAUUAUCAACAGAAGACUCAUCAUCUUGCGGGCUUUCUUGCUCUGAUAUUUUAUUCGCCGUCUCAAGAUGGCUCCGACGCAAUCAAAACUGGUGUCGCAAAACCCAACUGAGAGGCUCUACUAUCUCGAUAACUUCCGUACUUACUUAACCGCCCUCGUAAUAUGCCACCACGUUGCCGCGCCAUAUGGCGGUCUUGGAAUCUGGUUCUACAGCUCCAAGCUCUACCCGCCCGGAUCAUCUCCUACUCUCUCGGCAUUUAACGCCCUUAACCAGAGUUACUUUAUGGGAUCGUUCUUCUUCCUCUCUGGAUACUUCUCCAAGAAGGCACUGAAAAGGAAGGGCGCCAAGUCGUUUCUAAAGACGAAGUUCUUAAAAUUGGGUGUGCCACUAGUAGUUUAUACGCUGCUUGCGGCCCCUGCGCAGAUUGCCAUAUUGAAGCUAUACAACAAGGAAGUUCUUGGGUGGGAUAUUCUGACAGACUACUGGAAAGCGCUAGAUGGCGUUAAGGGAACAAUGUGGUUUUCAGCCUUGCUACUUAUUUUCGACUCUGUAGCCGCUCUAUGUCCGUCUAUUCCUGCAUUCCUGGCUCAGUCCACUACUCUCCCAAGUUUUAUACUUGAUAUCGGGGCCGCCUGUUUAACCCGCUUGGUCAACCCGACUGGGGCAAAGAUCGUACUUCUCAAUUUGAAACCAGUCUACCUACCACAAUAUGUGGCAUCUUAUGUUCUAGGCGCCUCCCUCGAGUCGCCUCCUACUCCACCCGUUACAAAGACCGCCCGCAACGUCCUCCUGGCUAGCACCAUUGUCUCAUCCACAGCUUUAGUUGGACUCGGUCUCAACAAGCUCCGGCCCUACAGCGCCAAUGCCAUACUAGGAGGGACCUCGCUUCCAGCUCUCACUUACGCUGUAUGGAAUGAAACGACGGGAUAUCUUCUCGGCACCACUAUCCUCAGACUCUUUAAAACUUCAAAGUGGCUGAAUAGGUCAUGGGGCAGCAUUGGAAGGUACUCAUAUGCGGCGUUCUUAGUGCACCCGAUUGUCUGUGUGGCGGCACAAGUUUGGACUGAUGAAUGGCAUGCGUUGCCGGUGGUUAAGGCGACUGUACUUAGUGUUGUGGGUGUAGUGGGGAGCUGGAGCGUGGGAUGGGUAUUGGUUCGAGUGCCUCGGUGCGGGGCUGUGCUGCUAUGAUUAUACGACCUCCCCUUAUUUUUUGGUGCAGGGCGAGAGCAUGAUUUAGAAGCAUAGUUUGUUACAAUGCGUUUUCUAUCCCGGCUGAAAAAUAUGGGUUAGGGUUUUGAUUAUCUUAUCAGUAUACAACUUAUAUAAUCUUGUAAUUUUACGUGUGAUUAUAUUUUAUCACCGCUCAAUUUAUUUUAAAUACUCC